GAUAUUUCAAUGGAAUAAAUUACUUAUUAAAGAUAUUUUUUGGGGCAUUUUUUGCCUUUAAUGGACAGGACAGUUAAGUGUGAAAGGGGGAGAGAGAGGGGGGAUGACAUGCAGCAAAGGGCCACAGGCUGGACUCGAACCUGGACCGGACCUGGAUAAAAUAUCACCACACUGCAGACAUUUUACUCCGUCUGUCACCGCACGCUGUUUGAUUGCGUUAUCAAAACACGCCGCUAUUAUUUAGCCUUGCUUUUCACUUAUUACAUCGAAUACCGAAUGUGUUUUUUUUUUUUUUUUUGCAAUAUUAGGUUACCGAAUAUAUUUGGUUAUCAAAUAUUCGGUGCAUCCCUAGUAUUCUGUAUUCUGUACUCUGUAUUUGGCCAAGCAUUUAAUUUUAUUCAGCUUUGGCCACAAAUUUUCAUUUCGGUGCAUCCCUACAGUGAAGUAACCCUUCACAUUUCUGUGGCUUAUAGGUAAUGAGCUGAAAAUGGAGGUAAUCGAAAUGCAUUUGAAUUGCAGUUAAUUAUUUUUCAUAGACAACACUGUAAAAAUUAUAUUAACAAAAGAAUAGCAGUGAUUAAACAAGGCUUAUAGAAAUGGAUUUAAACUUGGGCAAGCCAUUGACCAGCUGAGUAGAUUUUACUUUUAUCUCAUCCAUACCCUUAUUUGUGUGGUUCAUAAUGAUUCUGACUUUAUCAUUGAUAAGUGAUAGUUAGCAUAGUCAGUGUGCUACCUGCAGGAGAUUCAGAGUCUUUGCUGUUUGUGCUGAUCAGUGAAUAAUUUUUUUCCUUCUGUUUUUCUGCACUGCUGUUAAAGGCCACCAAGGUGGAAUUGUCUAAUGCGAUGGACUUAUGCAGCCAGCCUGGAUCUGGUUGAAAUCACCACUCUUCAUCAUCUACUCCCCCUGAGGUGCUCCCUGAGGAAGUGGAACCUUCAAAGGAACCCUUGACUAAAGAUAUGGAGUUAUCCAGCCACACCGGAUCUGGCAAAGCUCAUGAGUCCUCAUCGUCCACUCACCCUGAGGUGCUCCCUGAGGAAGUGGAACCUUCAAAGGAACCCCCGACUAAAGAUAUGGAGUUAUCCAGCCACACCAGAUCUGGCAAAGAUCACCAGUCCUCAUCAGACGAACAGGAUGCACUUCUCGAAGAGACAGAGUUAUCCAGCUACAGUGGAUCUGAUAAGGAGUACCGACCCUCACCAACACCAUCAAGUGAUGGUGAGAUGCCCCCAGAUAAGUCUAAGUCAUCUAGCCACGAUGUAACUGUAAGACCACUGCCUGAGAGAGACUGCUGCCACUCUACAUCCAGUGAAGAGGAAGUCCUGGAAGCUGAGCAGCAAGCAACCAGACGUAGGUCAAGCCAGCCUGGUGAGCAGUUAAAAAAAGGAAAAAGAAAAAAGAAAGUUACAGUUAAAACAACCAAGAAAAGAGAUGGUGGAAGGGCCUGGGAUAAAGCCCAUUACUGCUUAUAUUGCAAAAAGGCCAAUUUGAAGAUGGCAAGACAUUUACAAAGAAAACACAAUGAUGAAACUGACGUUGCACACGCCUUCAGUUUCCCACCUGGCUCCAAACAAAGGAAGGCACUUUUGGAAUCCCUUCGCAAUAAGGGUGACUGGCAGCAUAAUCUUAAAGUCUUAGAAGAUGGAAGCGGGGAGAUAGUGACAUGGAAGCAACCAUCUAAGGGUGCAUCUGUGGAGGACUAUCUACCAUGCCAACAUUGUUAUGCAAUGUUCAAGAGGAGAGAACUCUGGAGACAUAUGAAGUCAUGUAGAGAGAAAAAAGGUGACAAAGUGCAAGGUAAAAGACGAGCACAAAAAGCCUCCUCACAACUCAUUCCAAUCAAGGACUCAUCAGAUGGACUUCAGAAGAUCAUUCAUAGUAUGAUUCAAGAUCAUGUAACCGCUCAUAUCAGGGGAGAUGAAAUGAUAUGCACAUAUGGCAAUGCACUGUUUGCAAAAAAGGGCCGUGAACAAUCUCAACAUAGAUACAUUGCACAGAAGAUGAGAGAGCUGGGACGGUUUUGUUUAGCUGCCAAGGAGAUUGACAAAAGUGUCAAAGGUCUUAAAGAUGUAUGUGAUCCAACAAAAUUUAAGCUUGCAAUUAAAGCAGCUAGGAGAGUUUCAAACUACAGCACAGCUAAGACUGAAUAUGGGAAGCCAUCUACUGCAGUUAAAAUUGGAUUUUCACUCAAAGGGGCAACAGAAACCUGGAUUGGACAUUGCCUGAUGACAUCCGAUGUCUUAAAUGAGAAAAAGGCUAAGAAGUUUAAGGAGUUGUUAGAUUCUUCUUGGUCCAAUUAUGUGUCAACUAAUGCACAUAGUACAAUGGAACAGCGGAAGUGGAACAAGGAUGACUGUGUACCUUUGACAGAGGAUGUUGUUACUCUGCAGAACUAUUUGAGAAAGAUAGAGGAUGAUGCAAAGGCAGAGUUAAGAGAGCGUGUGAGCACUACAGCAUACAAGAUGUUAAGUGAGAGCCUUCUUGCACAAAUAAUAGUUUUUAAUAAGAAGCGUGAAGGAGAAGCAUCACGUUUAACCUUGGAUACAUAUCUUAAAGCAGACACUGGCCCUGUGAAUAAGGACAUUUAUGCAACACUCUCACCAGUGGAAAAACAACUCAGCCAAAAGCUGACACGGAUUGUGACACGUGGAAAGAGGGGUAGAAAGGUGCCUAUUCUGCUUCUCGACCGCACUAAAUCCUCUCUAGAUUUCUUGAUUAAAAAAAGGAGUGAAGUUGGCAUUCUUGAAGAAAACCCGUUUCUAUUUGCCAGGAUCGGUACAACAACCAAUAUUCGUGGGUGUGACUGCCUAAGGAAAUAUGCACAAGAGUGCAAGGCAGGCAAUCCAGAACUCCUUAGAUCAACAAAACUAAGAAAGCAUGUUGCUACCUUAUGCCAGCUUCUGGACCUGGAUAAUCAAGAACUGGAGCAAGUAGCACGUUUCAUGGGACAUGACAUAAGAGUCCACUGUGAUUAUUAUCGUCAAACAGACAAAACCUUUCAGGUGGCCAAAAUUGGAAAGCUCCUCUUUGCAAUGGAGCAUGGAGCAAAGGCACUGAAAGGGAAGACUCUGAACACUUUGGACCCUGUGGUCUUUGGGAAGCAACAUGAAGUCAUCUCAGCCAAGGGUUCGAGAGGAGUCAACGCAAGACAGAUAUCAUUUUCAGACAGACAACUGGAAGCUAAUGAUGAUGGAGCUCUGCCACACCCGUCCCCCACAAGUUCUCGUGUUCAGCGCCGAAAGAAAGCACGAAGACAUGAUGAUGAUGAUGGGAGUGAUGGUGAUGAGAGUGAUGAUGGUGAGGAUGGAGCUCUGCCACAUCCGUCCCCCACAAGUUCUCGUGUUCAGCGCCGAAAGAAAGCACAAAGACAUGAUGAUGAUGAUGGGAGUGAUGGUGAUGAGAGUGAUGAUGGUGAGGAUGGAGCUCUGCCACAUCCGUCCCCCACAAGUUCUCGUGUUCAGCGCCGAAAGAAAGCACAAAGACAUGAUGAUGAUGAUGGGAGUGAUGGUGAUGAGAGUGAUGAUGGUGAGGAUGCUGGUCUGCCACGCCUGUCCGUCACAAGUUCUCAAGUUAAGCACCGAAAGAAAGCUGUGACUACACAAAGACAUGAUGAUGAUGAGGAUGGAGCUCUGCCACACCCGUCCCCCACAAGUUCUCGUCCCCCACAAGUUCUUUCGCGCCGAAAGAAAGCACAAAGCCAUGAUGCUGAUGAAAGUGAUGAUGAUGAGGAUGGAGCUCUGCCACAUCCGCCCCCCACAAGUUCUCGUGUUCAGCGCCGAAAGAAAGCACGAAGACAUGAUGAUGAUGGGAGUGAUGGUGAUGAGGAUGCUGGUCUGCCACGCCUGUCCGUCACAAGUUCUCAAGUUAAGCACCGAAAGAAAGCUGUGACUACACAAAGACAUGAUGAUGAUGAGGAUGGAGCUCUGCCACACCUGUCCCCCACAAGUUCUCGUGUUCAGCGCCGAAAGAAAGCACAAAGACAUGAUGAUGAUGGGAGUGAUGGUGAUGAGGAUGGAGCUCUGCCACACCCGUCGCCCACAAGUUCUCGUGUUCAGCGCCGAAAGAAAGCACAAAGACAUGAUGAUGAUGAUGAUGGGAGUGAUGGUGAUGAUGAGAGUGAUGGUGAUGAGGAUGCUGGUCUGCCACGCCUGUCCGUCACAAGUUCUCAAGUUAAGCACCGAAAGAAAGCUGUGACUACACAAAGACAUGAUGAUGAUGAGGAUGGAGCUCUGCCACACCCGUCCCCCACAAGUUCUCGUGUUCAGCGCCGAAAGAAAGCACAAAGACAUGAUGAUGAUGGGAGUGAUGGUGAUGAGGAUGGAGCUCUGCCACACCCGUCCCCCACAAGUUCUCGUGUUCAGCGCCGAAAGAAAGCACAAAGACAUGAUGAUGAUGGGAGUGAUGGUGAUGAGGAUGGAGCUCUGCCACACCCGUCCCCCACAAGUUCUCGUGUUCAGCGCCGAAAGAAAGCACGAAGACAUGAUGAUGAUGGGAGUGAUGGUGAUGAGAAUGGAGCUCUGCCACAUCCGUCCCCCACAAGUUCUUGUGUUCAGCGCCGAAAGAAAGCACGGAGACAUGAUGAUGAUGAUGAUGAUGAUGAUGAUGAUGAUGAGGAUGGAAACAAGCAACCCACAAACACCACAAGACAGAAGAGGGUAAAGAAAAUUGCAGCUAAACGAAAGUACUAUGUUGAUGCUGAUGCUGCUGAUGAUGAUGAUGGAGAGAGGCAAAACGUCUCAUCCACAAGACCAACUGUUAAGAGACUUAAGAAGACUGCAAAUAAAACACAACACAACGACGACGAUGUUUCAAAAGUGCAAACAAAGCGACCGUGGUCUGUUGAGGAGAGGACUGCAGUCCAGCGAAGGAUGACAAAGUUUGUUGCUCUCAGGAAAGUACCAGCAAAGAAUGACUGCCUGCUCUGCAUCGAGAAAGAGUCUCCAGUGCUUAGCACCAGAACAUGGAAGGAUGUUAAAUACUUUGUCUAUAACGAAAUUGUUAAAGUGAAGAAAAAGCUGGCAUUUUGAAAGGGGUCUAUGACUCAUAUGUUUCUCUAGUGUUUAGAGAUUUGAUGCAGAUCUGUUCUUUAAGAUCCACUCUGCUGGUUACACCUGCCAGUGUUCAAAUUUUGUAUUGAGUUGGCAGUUAUAAGUACCAUGUUUCUAUUGUUUCAUGUCAACAAUAUAGACUAACAAUUUGUUGAGUUUUUCAUUGCAAUUUUGUGCAAUAAAAUUAACAGUUAUGUGCUUGCUUACACUUGCUGUGUUUCUGUCUUUGACAGAUAAUCUUCAAUUUUCCUUUUAAUAAAUAUUCAGCAGUCAAAUAUCGAAAAGACACCCUAUUGAAUUUUGCCUCCUUACAUAAUAAAGUUAUGAAUAAUAAAAAUGGCUAUUCAGAAUAGUCUAAAAUUAAACAUUUCAUUAUUGCAUAUUCAGUAUGCAACUUCACUAUCACUAAAUAAGGUUAAAAUGUGUUAAAGACAGUAUCAUAGUAUGCAAUUAUGCUAAACUUGGCCUCAAUAAACCUCUAGUAAGCAUAUCUCAGUUAAUAUUACCAGUGAAAUACUGUAAAUCAGUCAAGAGUUUGCAGUCCUCACUUUGUUGGUUAAAAACUUUUUCUGAAAACUUUGUGUUUCUCAAAACCUGAAGGGGUGUAUAGGG